GAGCCUGGAGGAGGGGGAGGAGAAGGGGCGGAGCAGUCGGUGGGCGCGGCGGCUACUGGAGGCUAGCGCGACCCGACUCUUAAGUUCUCCUUUCCUCUCCAGAGGGGCCGAUUAGGGAGAGAGACCAGAAAUGAGUGGAAUGCUAUCUUAAGCCAAAAAAAACUAUUAUAAUUUUUAUUUAGUACUACUUAAAUGAAGAAAGAUAAAAAAAGAAACAAAAUUCCAAUUGAUAAUUAUCCCAUUCAGACAUUAGUGAAUAUGUCACUCAAUCCAAGUCGACCUUCCUCAUCAGAGUUGGUGGAACUUCAUGUUUUUUAUGUCCCUGAAGGAUCAUGGAACUAUAAGCUAAAUACCAUUUCAACAGAAGUUGUUAACAAAUUCAUUUCAGCUGGAUUUCUAAGAGUAUCUCCUCAACUUACUUUACGAGCCCUGAGGGAGCAUCUUGGUGAGUUCCUGGGUGAAGAUGCUAUUGCAGAAAAAUUUUUAUUUCUGAAAUGCAUUGGAAAUAAUUUAGCUGUGGUGAAGGAAAAGCAAGAAUCAGAACUGAAACUCAAAUCAUUUGCUCCUCCAUAUGCUCUUCAACCAGAAUUAUAUUUGCUUCCUGUAAUGGACCAUUUAGGAAAUGUUUAUUCACCAUCAUCAACAGUUAUUUUAGAUGAGCGGCAGACUAAUAAUGGUGUUAAUGAGGCUGAUGGAACAAUCCACAGACCAAUUAGUGUAACUUUGUUCAAGGAGGAACUUGGAAGAGAUCCCAGUUUGUUAGAAAACACUUUGAAAGAGCUUCCUAACAAGAAUCAGGAAGAAGCUGGGGGAAGAGCCACUGCAGAAAAAAGCCAAAUUGCAAAAAAUCAAAUUGGAAAUUCUGAGUUGCCAGGAUCAUUGGAAGAUUCAAAUAAUGAUUGCUUUGGCACUAAAAAAAGUCAGUGUCUUUGGGACAAUGAAGAUGAUACAGCUAUCAGUAGAAGACAGGACAAUCAGAUAGCUGAAAAAGAGUACAUCACUCUACCAGAUCACCCUUCACUUCCUUGUCAACCUGUUCUUUCUUCAGGAAUAACUGAUAUAUCUUUAUUACAAACUGAAAGAGAGAAGAUUAUCAAACAAAUGAAACAAGUAAAGGAAGAAAGAAGGUAUCUGGAAAGAAAUAGAGAAGAACUAGUAAAAACGGUUGAAAAGCUAUUUGAACAAAGCAAAUUAAAACGAUAUCAUGCCUACAAUGGUUGGAAGAAAAAAUACUUGGAAACAAAGAAAGUCACAGCAUCAAUGGAGGAGGUUUUAACAAAACUUCGAGAAGAUUUGGAACUCUACUAUAAAAAACUGCUCAUGCAACUUGAAGCCAGGGAGAUCAAGAUGAGACCAAAGAAUCUGGCAAACAUCACAGACUCCAAGAAUUACCUAAUAAUCCAGAUCACUGAGGUACAGCAUGCAAUCGACCAGCUUAAGAGAAAACUGGAUACUGACAAAAUGAAACUCAUAGUAGAAGUUAAGAUGAGAAAACAAGCAGUUUCAGAUUUACGAACAUUGAAAACUGAACUGGCACAGAAAAAAAAAAUAAUACAUCUCUACAAUCUCAAUUAGUUGCUGGAAGUGUGCCUAGCUAGGAGGUCUACAGAAGAUUUUAUUUAUGAUGAAUCAGCCAAAUCAAAAGGGAGCAUUGGCUGCUGCAAUACAUUCUGACCAGAUCUGACUUUGUUCAUCAUAAGACAUCACAAAGAGGAAGUCACAAGCAUCUGCGAUUCCAGUAUAAUUAUAGCAUCUUCUGUCUAUGUUGUUUGGAGACCAAGCUACAUCAAAGGUUACCUGUGGAAAAAAAUCUUACUAUUUUAUGUAA